AUGCCUGCCGUCUCUUCGACACCGUCAUACGCUCAAUAUCAGCCGCCUGCGGUUUCGCAAUCUAUCUCGACACAACCUAGAUCAUCUCCUCUUAGUAUACCACUACCGUCGCUCGGAUUUACGUCGGGUACAUUCCUAAGUCGAUUAAGUUUCAAGGACAGUCCGUUCUACACGAUAUUGGAACCUCUUACCUCGACAGUGGAGUGUAAAGUACGGGAACAAACGAGAGACAGUGUAGAACUAAAAAUUGUUCUGAACUCUACCGUAGCCUCAAGGCUACAAACGGAUUCGAAUUGUCGAGUUAUGGUGUAUUGUGCAGCCGAUACUGGCCUCAACCAGUAUACCAAGUCCGAUGUUGCCUUUCCCCAUCAAGUCGAGCUGAAAGCCAAUCUCGACGAGGUGAAAGCUAACCUGAGAGGUCUCAAGAAUAAGCCCGGUACGACCAGGCCAGCGGAUGUAACAAGUCAUAUUCGCAAAAAGCCGGGAUACCAGAACAACAUUGUGAUGACAUACGCGCUUACGCAGAAGAAGUUCUUUGUUGUCGUCAACCUUGUCCAGCAACACCCUGUUGAUGAUUUGGUGGCGGAGUUGAAGGCGAGGAAAACAAUCUCGAGGGAACAGGUGGUGCGAGAGAUGAGGAGUAGAGCGGAUGAUUCGGAGAUUGUUGCCACUUCAAGUGUCAUGUCAUUGAAAUGCCCUCUGUCCACACUUCGAAUUGAUGUUCCCUGUCGGUCAGUGGUGUGCACGCAUAACCAGUGUUUCGAUGCUUCAUCGUUCCUGCAACUGCAAGAACAAGCGCCUACCUGGACAUGCCCCGUGUGUUCCAAAUCUACUAGUUUUGAGUCUUUGCAAGUUGACCAGUAUGUCGAUGACAUCCUCCGUUCAACGUCUACAGAUGUAGAGCAAGUCGUUAUAGAGCCUGAUGGAACAUGGUCUACUCCAAAAAGCGAUGACACUACAGGAGCCAACGGUGUCACCCAUAAUCCUGCGUCAGACGACGACGACUUGAUAGAAGUCAACGAAGCUGGGUUCACGCCCGUUAAACAGGAGCCCGUUGCGACAGCGUUAUCCUUACAACAAACGCCAAUCCAAUCAAGAGAGCCGUCCUCGGCACCUUCCGCUGCCCGUCCUUCAACCAAUAAAAGACCCGCGGCGCAAGUUAUUGAUCUCACCGCAAGUGACGAUGAAGAAGAUUUGCCUGUACGGCCGGCAAAACGUCCAGCGCUAAAUGCGCCCAGCCACUCAUUUCCAGCCCUGCCUUCCCUUAGCAGCGGCUAUACAAAUGGACAAGACUUCCCCCUUUCGAGCCAGACCAAUUAUUCAGAUACCCAGAGUCAGCGUGGCGGCUAUGAUAGAUGA